GAAAAACAACAACAACAACAACAACAACAACAACAACAACAACAAACGAGCACCGGCUGGCGCCCCAAACCCAGACAACGACGCCGACAAGGCCCCUGCUCUAGACCAAAAUGUCGUGCCAGUAUGCCCAGCCUCCCGCGUUUAAGUAUCAUCAGACUUUCGAGUGUCAAUACCAGACCUUGGACCGUCAAACCCUUACUCUUUCUAAAUAUGCUAUCGUUCCCCCGGAUUCGGAGACUCUGACAUCGGAUAAGGAGCAGGAGUCAACCCCCACGCCGGAUAGUCCUGCAGUAGAGGAAUCGGAUCCCCAGCCCUCAGACGACUCCCCCGCAUCAACUGCAGGUAAGUCCGUGUCAGCAAUACGUAUUCCUGUAGAUGUUCUUUUCUUUUCUCUUUUCUUUUCUUUUCUUUUCUCUUCGUUUUAGAUAGACGGUCUAUUGUUAAUGAGACCAUUAGAAGAGCCGACGGGUUCAUCAGAUGAUACCCCCCCAGUCGAACCCACAAGCGCCCCCGAAGGCGACGAUGCCACCCCAAGCCCCGAUGAUGCCGAUGCCACCACAGAUAGUCCGGCAG